AUGGAGGGUGUUAACUCGCCAGUUGCUAGUUUGAGUUUUAUACCACCUUUUGGAUCUACUGUGGAAUCGGACGCCGAUAAAACCAACUUUGAGACGGCCACAUCUUCAGUGAAUUGCUUUGCCGAAGUUGUUGUCACUCAGAAUUACUCGGACAUUUCAAGGUAGUUUGUAUAACCUUUAUGUUUUCAGUGUUUUAUUUAUAUAUAGCUGUAAGUUACAUGUAACCUUACAUGUGUAUAUAUUUAUUUAUAUGGUCAAUUAAUUUGGGUGUGUUUGUAUGCACGGUAGUGCAUGAUGAAGAGUUUAAAAGAAGGAAAAUGAAAUUUAAACCAAGGAUAAAAUUGGACCACUACAUAAAUAAUUAUUUAUCGUUAUGCUUAAACAUGUUUCUCAGCUGAUGGCUGACUAAUUGCACAAGGUAAUUUUCCAUUUUUGGUUUGCAACCCCUUGACCAGGUGGACAUGUUGGUCGACAAAACAUGACAUUUUUUAGUAGAUUUUUAAUGAAGUAAAGAGUUUGGUUCCCUGUGGAGAUACGCUCUUUUUCUUGUCAACCAUCAUGGCCACCAGGCCGUCAGAUGCAAACCAGCAGUUUUACACUGUAGCAGACUUUGUAAGUCUAAUGACUUACGAUCCAAACUAAGGUACAGUGUAAAUAUACAAUGACUUGUGUAGGUACAUUUAUUAAAUAGUUUUAAAGCAUUUUUCUUUUCCUGUCAGGUUAAGGAAAAUAGGGAAAAUUCUCAAACCUUUUUGAACAGUUAAACAACAGAAGACAGUAGGCACUAAGACUAAAAUAUAAGGCCUUAGAUUCUAACCUUGUGAAAAAUUUCCAUAAAUUGUUCAUUAUACUUUCAUUUUUCUCAGGAGUGUUGCAUUGCCAGGUAAUGGAGUGGCAACAUUUGCUGUUAGUUCAAGUGGUACUCUUACCUGUCCAGGUAUGUGUGCAGCUGUGUCUAAUUUGUGAGUCAUUUAAAGUCAGGCAGAAGAGUUUGUUAUAAAGGAAAGAAGACUAUUUUAAAAUUAAAAUUAAUGGUCAUUGUAUAGGUAAUAAUCUUUGCUGAUGUCAUACGUGUAGUUUACAUUUCUCCUCAUUAGCUUACGAUUCGUGGCCAUACAGCUGUAUAUAUGAACUAAAUUCCAAAGUUGAAAGAGCUGUUGAACUUGAGAAAUUUGUGCAAUGUUCAGCUCUUUGCAAGCAAUAUUGAAGGAAAUACCAGCCAUCAAUAACUGCGAAAUUGCUGGGUAGCGAGAAAGUUAAUGAUCCAUACACUGUACAUUCUUCAUAAAAGUUUGAGUUUUACUGUACAAUUUUUCAAAACUAUCUGGUAUAUUGGACUCAAAUUUUCAGCAAUUUUAUUACCAGUAUUACCUUUGUCGGAUAAUGAUAAGCAUAUGUUAAUUAGCCAAAAAAUGUAAAGAAAGAUUUGCUACACAGCUGCUUGUUCAUGUAUUAUUAAAAUGUUUUGUUGUUUGUUUGUUUGUCGUUUCUUUUAUUUUCCUGUUAACAGCAAUAUUAAAGCAUGUUGAAUGCUUUUUAAGAGUUUCUAAUGUUGUUGAUAUAGCUAGCUGUAGGCCAGUGAAUUUUCUGCAAGCCACGUCUUCUACUCAAGUGACAGAUAAAUUUCUAGGAGUAGUUCAUGUUAGUGAAUAAUAAUUUUAGUCUAACAGAUACAUUGGAGGUUCUAUCAAAUCUUACUGUGCUUUUCAUCUUUAUUUUCAGUGUUAUAUUUGAAACUCAGUUUAACCUGAUAAAAAUACUGAUUCAUUAUAUUUCCAGGUGCGGUGUUGACCAGUCCUGUAGCAGUUGUUUCAGUUCCUGAAAACCAGCUGUUCUCUGUCCAACAGCCGCAACAGGUUGAUUCGAUUCAACAUGAAGCAGACUUACCCAAUGAUGAAGAAGUUACAGGAAGCACAGCAAAUGUCACUGAUGCACAUGAGUUGACGAUAAAUGUUGACAUUUCUUCCUCUGCAGCUGGUUUAACAGAGAGUGGAGUACCCUUGGUGACAGAAGGGGCACCAGGUAGUUCUGCCAAUGAUCCUAAGGUGAGUAGUACACUGUAGUCCAUUUACUUAGCACAUUAUACAUUCUUAUUUCUACUUACUAUCUGUCUUCUCACUGGGUAAAAGCCUUCAUUUUGGAAAUCAGUGCAACCAAAUGAUUAGUUUGGUAACUGCUAGCAGAUAACUGACUUAUCUGUAGGUUUGGUUGUACAAUGCUUGAUUACCAAGACCCAAGUCAGACUAUACGCCGUAAGUGUUUCUGUCUCGGUUAGUGUUAUCAGCCUCAGCAUUGGCUGAUAACAAUUACCUUGACCUUGAUUAUUAUGGAUAUCACAAAAAACCCCAUCUUAUAAUUGUUUAAUAUCAUGUAGAAGAUACAGUGGUAAAGUAAGUCACAAUAGAUGGCCAAAUAACCCUUUGACUACCAAGAAAAUAUCUCUAUAUAAAGGACUCUUUAUAUAGAGAGAAAACUGUUUACAUAAAAACCCAUAAAACGGCCAUAAAUUGACCAGUGGACCACACAGGAGAGAUGUUAAACACAUUUUAAGUAAGGUAAGCUGUUUUUUAUUGAAAUCCUUUCAUUUUCGUAGGUUUCAGAAAGGAUAGGUUUUUCCCCAUACAAAUCCUUAUAUUUCGAGUGUUAUGCAACAAUGCCGAUGUUCGCCGAUGCUCAUAUUUCGAGCUUGGGCUACCUGUGGUGCAAGGGUGUUAAUAAUCGUGUUAAGAUAAUUGUGUGGUUACACAUAUGUUUUCCUUCACCUUGCAGCAGAAACGAAAAGGUGGUUGGCCGAAAGGCAAGAAGCGAAAGAAAGAAUUUGGAAAUCUGAAUAAACCAAAAGCUCCAAUAACUGGGUUAGUUAGUUUUUUUUUUUAAUAAUUAUCAGUUGCUGUAUGUGAAUAGGUACAACAUAGAUUCAUAUUAGAGACCUUUAGACUCUAAAAUUAGGGAGACUUCAAAGAGAUGAGACAAAAAAAAUUAAAGUGAAUUUGCUUUUUGAGCUUUCAUAUCGAAAUUCAAAUUUCAUUGUAGUAGUCCUCACCUUAACCCAGCUUUGAAUAACCCGGCCCUGAACCUAUACUAGCGAGCACUCAGAGAUGCAGGCUGUUCUCGCAGGAUAGGACCUUACUGCCCAAGUGAAAUAAAUUUCACCGUGGACAUAAUAUAUAUUUGUUUUUAAAAGUUCCUUUACGUUGGAUUUCUUUAUCUGUUCAGGUAUGUGAGAUUCAUAAAUAGUCGCCGUGCGGAAGUGAAGCAGCAGCAUCCACAUUUAACUUUUGCAGAAAUAACAAAAAUUCUUGGAUCCGAGUGGAGUAAUCUUCUGGCAGAAGAAAAACAGGUGUGAAAACUUGCAGACUGUGCGUAUUAUACAGAGCUUGCUGUGGCAUAUUUUUGAAAGUUUUCUUUUGAAAAAGCAUCGCUUAAAAUAGUUUGCGUAGCAAGCGUUUCCGCCAAACUCCAGCAGAAACGAUUACUUUGCAGGCUAGGUUUAAAAUACUCAACUGAUUGGAAUGAUAUACAGUCAAACCCCUGCCACGUACCCAGACGUGUCUCUCUUGAUGAAAAUGUGCGCGCAAAGGAAGGCGGGAAGGAGACAACGGGCGAGACGUCGCUUCGCCUGCCGUGUAUACCCUUCCCAUGGUCCCUUGCGGUUCAUCACCAGUCACUCGCGCUCGCCUCUACCAUGCGAAAAACGAAGCGCCUGAGGAGGAGGAUGGUCAAACCCUGCUUAACGGACACCCGCUUAAUGCCUUUUUAAACGUUAUUUGCUAAAAGGCUACCAAAAAUGUACUAAAUUUUAAUACUUUUUGCAGCUUUUUUGUCACAGUACAUAGAAUCCUAAUCUUUCGAAAAAAUCUUUCGUCUUAUUUCGUCGCUCACUCGGCCGCUUUUGGCCUUAAAUGCUCACUCUCCGCACGCAUAACGGUUUUCUCUGUAUUGACACUCCGCUUGAGGACGACUUGUGGCAAGUCUGAUAGACGCCGGAAAUUUUACAAUUGCACUCUGCACACAUUGUUCUCACUGGCUUUUUGGUAAAUACACCCAGUUUGUGAAAAGGUAUCAUUUUUUAUGUUUAAUAAAAUUAACUCACUUGGAUAAUGCUGAAUCCGACAUUUUAAAAGAAAUUGUGAAAACUUGUGGUACACACUCAUUAAAAGUUCAACUUGCCCCUUGAUUUUAAAUCCAACAUUUAUACUUAUUCUAUUGUUUUUUUUUUUUCAUGUGGGGAAAUGAAGAAAUACUUAGACGAAGCAGAAGAAGAUAAGAAGCGGUAUAUUGAGGAGCUGAAGAUCUACCAACAGUCCGAGCAAUACCAAGCAUUUAUGAAGCGACAAAGUGCUAAGAAAGUCAAGACCAUUGUUGGUAAGAUACUGCAGUACUAAUCAUACCCGUUAUACACGGCUAAAAGCCUUAUGAAAAGAGUAUAGCCGAUCCCGCUGCUAUAAGAAACCAAAGGAUAAGCAGUUGCACUUUGUUAGAAGGUCCGGAAAAAGAUACUACGACAUAUUACAUGGGGUUUACAGAAAGAUUCGUGACACGGGCAAACUUGGAUAAUAAGAAAUCCCACUUCUUCAAACAGGUGUCGAACCACUUGUGAGUUACCGAAACCCGCCGAUCUUUUCGUACCCAAGUCGAUUCUUGUUCACAUUUCAGUUCAUUCGUACCCAGUAUUCCCUUGAUUCGUACAUACAUACCAGAGUGAAUAUAACUCAAUGAUGAUAAAAGCGCUCGUCAAGUUCACAAGUAUAUACAUCGUUCUUUAAGCCACGAGGCUAGAGCAGACUCGUAAGGAUGGAGCAAAGUCUACACGCAUUUAUCUUUAAGAACAGAGGCUGUGGACCAAGGAGUAAUAAACAAUUAUUGGAUGAGGUUUUUGUGAUAUCCGGAAUAAUCAAGGUCGAGGUAAGUGUUAUCAGCCACCGAGACCUUGAUUACUUAGGGUAUCACAAAAACCGAAUCUAAUAAUUGUUUUAUUAUACAUUGCUUUGAAGAAAAUAACGACAAACACACCUUCGCAAGGAACCUGAAUUGAUAUUGUAAUUGGAAAUCAUGCAUAGCGCGCGCGACCUGCAGAUUAGUCAGUUAUCUGCUAAUAUGUAGUUUGCGCUAAUUUCCAAAAUUAGCUGUAGGCUCUCAGCCAAUGAGAAGGCAGAUAGUGAGUACAAUGUAUAAUAAUGCAACUUAUUAUCAUGCAUUACCAUAUCCAAAAACCAUGGAAAAUGAAAUUUGAACCGAGGAUAAAACUGAACUGCAACACUUAUAUUCACCAUAAAUAUGUGCAUAUUUUUCUCGCAGGAGUGGAAGGUACAGAGGAAGUGACUUCUUCGUUACUAUUAAAUGACCAAGUGGUAGGAUAUAUUGCUUUGUGCCGUAUCAUUUUGUUACUGUCUAACCUGCGAGCAAGCUCUCCUUUAAUGGGGGAGUCACGCGAGAGCGGCACGUGAUGUGUGGGGCUAUACCGCUCGCACGUUCGUUUUCUCGCGGCCAGCUUCACUGCCCAUAAAUGGAGAGCUGUUCCGCAGGCCUUGUCACCUGGGCAUGAGAUCCUCGUCACUCGUCAAAGAUAUAAAAAGCCGCCUGCGAUGGCUCGCUGUGAGGUCGCACAUAGUUUGAGCAUUAUAUCGCAUUAUACACUGCACUAAUUAAUUUAUUUCACCCACUAUUUAAUACCAGUUAAGAGUGAAUGAGGGGACACAUGACCAUCCGAUACCAGGACCUUUUUCUACCCCUCCCACUUUUUAAGAGAAAAGCCCUGAGAACGAGGUUGUUCUUCUGCCAAUCAUGAGAAAUUUCCCGAGGUGUCAAAGGCCAUUUUAUUGCCAGAAUGUCGGAAUUGGCGGAAUUAUUGCGUUCCUUGAAACAGUCCAAAAAUGCAACCAAAAGGAAUUUUGACCCACUUACCGACACUCAACUAAAAAUUGAGUAAUUUUGUGUUUGAUAUACAAAGAAAGAUGGUAAAUUUUAAGCUCGGUGAGCAUGGUGUCCCAUGAUCUUUCUUAUCUUUCUUUAGGAGGACGAUACAAAUGAACUGUAUUGCAGAGUCUGUAACCAAUUCUUCAGCUCCCUUCACAACAAGAAGGAACAUCUAUUUGGAAAACAACAUCUGAGUCAGCUGACGGGAGAAUUUGAACGGGAGGCGGAACAAAAUGCUAAUGACGGCAAUGACAAAGUAGUUCAUGACGUCACUCCUGCAGUGUCUGUUGCUGACACAGUGCAUGUGGGUCAUAAUCCUGCUCUUAUAUCAGCUGAUACUGAACCAAUGCUGUCCAUCUCACAGUUCACCGAAAAAUUCUUGGAACAGAAUUUGAGUAAGUUCUUGUAUCAUAUAGAAGUCACAGUGCGGUGUCGUAGAGGAUCCGGCCUUUUCUUCUUGUUCACUCACUUCAUCGUUUUUACCUCUUUUGCACCCUGCAGCAGCUCUCUGACCCUUUUUCUAUCUUCCUCUCUUCCCUUUUCACUCGUUAUUCCAACCUCGUUUCGUCGCUUUCUUACUCCUUGGUUCACUUCCUUUCUCCUCUUUCCAUCCUUGUUAUUCGCCUUGGUAUUUCCUUCCUCUUCCUCGUUUUUUCUCCUUUCCCUUCUUCUUUCUUUUCUCUCGCCUCCCACUCAUUUUUCCUCCCCUCACUCCCUGCUCUUCCCUUUCUUACAUUCUCCCUCGGCUCCUCCCCUUUUGCCAUCCCCCCCCCCCCCCCCCCUCUCAUCUUGAUCCUGUAUAUCUGCGUAAAACAAAUCUAGAUUCGUUUACCCUCAAUAUUUUGAGAACGUUUAGUUUCUUCCUUGCAGACCGGGAGCUCGAACUGAGGGAACUUAGAAAAGUGGUGAUUUCGUCUCAAGAAGAAAGCAUUGCACUUAACAAAGAAAUGGAAGAACUCAAGGUAUUAUUAUUGGUACUUUUUUUUCUUUUUGAAAGGAUUUGGCUUUUCUGGUCGCAGGCAUUAAAAUGAUAUCAUGCUCAGUCAAAGGCACUGAGCUUUAGCCUUAUUACGGUAGGAAGUGGCAUUCAUUUGCUAUGAAACUAUUACUUGAACCACUCACUUAUCAGAUCAAUGAAGGUUAAGCAUACUGCCUCUUUGUGAGUCUAAACCGUAUAAAUAUAGUUGCACAUCCUAAUACUUUAGGGUGACUUGCUUAAUACGCGAGACAAAACUGUUCUGGAGUGAUAUUUUGCUAUAUCAGAACUGAUGAAAUAAGUGAAACUUAAAACAUAGUUUUAUAAGGUACUAAUCACUCGAUCAUAAUACGGUCAAACUUCUAUGUUUGUCGACGGUCUCUCCAAAAGAUGAAAUUGACUUUUUCCAGUCAAAGCGCCCUAACCGGAACCUUGGCAUUUUAGAGUGGUUACUUAGGACUGAUUUAUUUUAUCUUUGUUAUAUUUUUUCAUUUUUUAUUUAUUUAUUAUUAUUAUUAUUUUUGCCUUAAUAUUCUUAUUCCAUAUUUUGUUGGUAUAUUUUUUUUAUUGUGACGUUUCAUGCGGUCUUUCAGAGCUUACUUCAGAAGGUUGAAGAUGACUUGGGAUCCGUGAAGGCGUACGGAGCGUCACUUACAGCUCAGCUCAAUAGCCUUAGAAUGGUUCCAACGCUUUUUGGGGUGAUAAACUUCUAGCAAGGAGUUUUUCAUUAUCCAAACCUCAUAAUAAUACCCCAAAGACGGAUAAAUUUUUUAGCUUCCGAAGUUCGUCUUCCUCUUUCCUUUGUGUCAUCAAAGUCACGAGGUGCUGUGGAUUAAUUUAUUGGCACAAACCGAGUGUAGCUUGACAAGUAGCGACCUGGCAUUUACUUUGUGGUUAGUAACAGGUUCAAAGAUAUGACAUCAUUUGUACUGUAUCUGAGCAGGAGCCCAUAACCGUGAUCUAAGGGAGUCGUUGUUGCCUUCGAAAAUAUUUGUCAGUGCGACAGUAAUUACGUGUAUAGUUAGUUACUUGUCCUAGAAUAACUUUCCUUACUGGAUGUAAAUAAAAGAAGUAAACUACUCCAAAAUUGGAAACCUUACAGUCGUCUUUUUGUCUGCGUUGUUGAGUUUCGAGUAAUUUACCGGAGUUUCUUAGAUAAUCAGACGAACCUUGUACCUCUAGCUGCCUUAUUUAAACAACUGCCUCCUUGUCUUCGGGAAGUUAAUUUCUUACUUGCUUGUUCUAUUGUUUUAGCAACCACUUAAUGGUUUCUUACGGAUUUACGGGGAACUUAGUACAAACAGUCUAGAAUGUCGCAGUUGUGCGAGUUCGGGAAAAAUGCUCGCAGUUAGACUUGCCUACAAGUUCUAUAUUUUUCCCCGAGCGCGAAGCAGGAGCGGCAGAUUUUUUGUGUUUUCUUCGGUAAAAGCGAGCGACAGAGCGGGAACUCGAUUUGUUACCUCUGCAAAAAAUCGCAUCAACUGACGCCAUUUUGACGCGAACCAUUUUCCUCCCUGUCGCGUGUGUCGUCGCGCACACAGCUCAAUUUGGAUCAAAACAGUUCGAGUCAAGUUUCCUGUAGCCUCCCACGCAGGCGUUUUUAGGGGAGCUCGUGUUUCGUUCUCGAGCUCCCCUAAAGGCCUGCGUGGGAGGCUACAUUUCCUGUGGCGUGAUCGGGUUUGAUCGACCGCGCAUCAGUAAAACCGUUCGUGAUUGGAUAAAACUCACAGGAGGAAAAUUCCUCUUGUAAAUUUGGCGCGCUGCAAAGGAUAAAAUUCCUUUGCCCUGGUAGGCUGCGAAACACCCGUUUCUCCUCGCUCUUCGCGGAAGGGGACGUUUCGCGAGGAGGAAUCGAACGUCUGCGACUCAGCGACAGAAAUUCCAUACUGAUGACGUAGAUCAAUGUUAACAUAAUAUAUCCGGUAGUCAUGGGGUUCCACAUCCAAAUUCGUUCAAUGUUACGUUUCUCCUGGUGAAUUUUACUAAAGUGUUGUGUUCAUCUGCGAGCGAGCUCCAGCAAAACUCUAAUGCCUCUUCUAGGGAGAAUAUAUUCUACAAAUUUUGACUCUUGUUAGAGAUUGUUCGCGUUUACAUUUGACCUUCGUGGCCUUUUGUCUUUUGUCUGUCAUUCGUAAACAAUAGCUAAAACAAUGUAACUACGCCGUCGACCAAUCAACGCUUCUGACCGGAUUCCGGACAGAUUUUACGUCAUAAGUAUGGAAUUUCUGUCGCUGUGUCGCAGACGUUAUUCCUCGCGAAACGUCCUCAGCGGCGAAGAGCGAGGAGAAACGGCUGUUUUUGCAGGAUAUCGCGCUGGCGCCAACUACCGGAACCGGAAAUGAGAAGCUAAGGACUUUAAGAAAGUCUCGCUCGCAGUGUUCUAUUUUUAUUAGCGUUGGCGUAACUCACAGUUGGUAAAGGAAGUGUUUUGUUCCGGUUACUUGACUAAAGUGUCUAAAUGGGUGAACCAAUUAGUUUGUCAUUAAUUGGUCUUUGUUCACUUCUACUCCAGAGUCGGCAUCAUUCCUACAGAAUGGGACAUUAGCGGCACGAUUUGAAGAGGCGUGUUCCUCCAUUUACACGCCCCCUCUAUUCGUUCCGUGUCUCCCGCAGUAACCAGCUACUUGCCUUCAGAUGUUUUUGUCAAAAAUCAGACGAAUCAAGUGAGGAACAACCUACCUUGGAAAGUGUCCGCCCUUGCUACUACUGCAAAUAUCUAACUGCACUGAUGUUGCAACCGUUUAUCAGUACGAUGCCCGCCUAAAUUGCCUCCAAUUGCACAACUGGUUUCGGCUCCAUUAAAUAAUAUAUCAAUUGCAGAUCGUUAUAUGAGAAGCCAACCAUACUGGUGACCACACUUACAAAACAACGCCAAAUAAAUGUAUAAAUCCGUUACACUGGAAACUAGGCCGAGAACACUUCCGUCAACCAAAGUACGCGAUUCAGUUACUGAGACACACUUCUGAGUUGUAGUAAAUGAAAAUUGAAUUGACUAUAUUGCAUUGACACUUAUAUAAAAAUUUAUCGCACGAGAGUAGGUAAACGAAGUCGAGCUAAGUAACAAGCAUUCUUUCGCUGAGGUGUAUUACGAUCUAUUACAGCACCACUUGUUAAAAGAACUCUAAAUAUGACGCCUUUCGAACAGUUCAUUUUCUAGAAUACUCUAAACUUAAGAAACUUAGGUCUUCGUACUGAACACGUAUGUCAUAAUAUGGUCGAAGGACAUGCAUUCACUACGGAAUGGAUGGCGAUAUCAAAUCCACCGUCUAUCAGUGGGAAUGUUAUAUCCACAGCUAGUUUAAAACAACACACAGUUUUCCUUUUUUUAUAGUUUGUUCACGAGCAAACGUAAAGACUUGUACAGAUGUCCUGCAAGAAAGGGCUUCCGCUAACGGAAAUAGAGGGGGAAAGAGAAUUAAGUGUGCUAUUUGUAUGCUCUAUCACUUACUCCAGUAACGUUCUAAAAUUUUGUAGCAAAGCCUUUACUAUCGUACUGACCUACUUUCAGUGCAGUGUACCUGUAUCGGUAUUUGUGGGUCAUUUAAAGAUUCCGUCAAAUUAUUUGUAAAAUAUAAGUAAUAUUCGCCACCUCAAAUUCUGCUCUACAGUGAAAUCGCUGUAUACAUGGAUCUUUUUCGACUUUGCCCUUCAUCGCAGAUUGAACCCUUGGUUAAAACACGGAAAAAUGUUUGAAGAACAUUCUAGCGGAACCAGAAUUAAACCGUUUACCCCCAACAACGCCUAUCGUGUACGAACCAGUAUUUAACUGACUCAUUAUAAUUAUGAGCUGAAGACGUGCAAAAGUGAACACGUCGCGGUUAGGUAUGCUGCGGAAUGGGUCAAACUGUCGAUUAUCGAUCAAAGUUUUUCUGUGGCCUUGAAAAUUAAAAAGAUUUGGUACCUGAGCCGUAUUCGCCAUAAAGUGUUUGGACUUCACACUGUCUGAUUCAAGCUAGGUACGUGAAAAAUACUCAGUACUUAACGUGCUGUGUCAGCUAAUCAUUACCGCUGAUUUACACGGUAUGCAAGGUGACAAUACUCCGAUAAUUAGCUUAAAACCUCUUGAGGGUUUAGUGUGUUCUUUAGAUAUUUCCACACACGAAUACGUGAAUAGAAUAACUUUAUUUACUUUCCAUAAAUUAAAAAGGUGAUGUAGAGACAUAUUAUUCAAUGUGGACUUCCCGCAAGUAGCGGAAAUUUACUCUGCUCAGCCUAGUGACUUUGACGUCUUGCGCUCGAGGCCUGUAAAAACAACUACCAGAGGUUUUAUUAUAUUAAUUGUUGACUGUAAUCGGCUAAAUUAUCCAGGUGGCUCUUGAGGUUAGCUGACUAUAUUGCUUAAGAAUUAGGUAGCAUAACAAGAGUCGCGACGCUGCAAUUUUGGAUUUAAGUAACUGUAAAAUAAUAAUCGAUUCAACAUGGAACUCGCCCACUCAAAAAUAGACAGGAAAUUCAACUGAAUAGAAAACCAAGGAUCCGGCCUUCAAGCAAGCAGAAAAAGACGUCAUCACGGAGAAAGCUAUAACACAGUGGAUGCAAGAAAUUCAAAGGUGAGAAUAGCCAUUUUGUUUUUUCUUUCUCAAUUGUACCAGUGUGAACUGAAAAGGACCCAAGAUCUAUCAAAUAGCAAGGGUGUCGUCUGAGAAGUGAAUGUCCAAGUUCAUGUAAGGGUUCGAAACGCCUAGAAAACCACAUAGUCCUAUGAAGCAAUGUGGAGAAUCGAGCUACCGAGUUCCGUUUUAUAUGACGUUUCGUUCACUUUUCUAGAUGUCUUCAUGAUCGUCUGGAUCGGAAAAUUGACAAAAUGAAAGUCCUUUGUACUAUCACACUGUUUUGAAGGAGAAUGAUUGAGAAUUCGUUUGAAUUCACCACUGGAGAGUCCAGACGAAUGUUUACAUAUUAUCUUCCCACUGAUUUAUCAGUGUUUUGAUAUUGUCUUAAUAAGCAACCUCAGCGGGCAAACUGAAAUCAUUCUGCUUGCUCACUGUCAAGCAAGAUGCCUAAUUUUUGUCUAGGCUUACUCAGUAAAAUGAGUUAAAGUGCUGAACUAAAAACGUUACUUGUACAUCAGAACACUGGAGAACUGGGAAGCCAAGGUGAGCUGUUCUUGACUAGAAAGGAUUCUAAUGAUCGGUCAUAAAACAAGAAAAGAUGAAGUCUACGUAUUUCUGUUUGUCCACCCUUUUCAGAUAGCGUGAGACUUGACUCAUUCACAUUGCUGUAAGAUAAGUUGUUAACUUUGCAUAUCUGACCACAUGUCAAUGAGUAAUAUUUGCAUGAAAAUAACUCUUUUUUUCUUUCUGUCAUAAAAAAAAACACUAUCUUUAAGGAGAAUUUGGAAUUAAUAUAUUAGCCGGUUGCUAAAUUACUAAACUAUCCUGAUCUAAUUUUGUUUGUCAGCAAGAGUAUUUGAUAUUGCAAUUAAACUAAAAUCCAAAGUGAUGAUAAGAUUUGAAUCGCCUCAAGCUUUUGUUAUUUUCCUGUUUUAAAUAGUCGCCCAGACGUUAAGUGGGUAUCGGAAUGCGGCGUGGCAGGAUACAAGGAAAUGUUGGAACUGAUCCUGAAGGCCGAACGGCAGUUCUCUUGUUUUGAUGAUCUUGUUAGCAUGUUCUUGUCCCCCAUCCACUCUGUCAAACUAAAAGCAAUAUUAGGCUAUCGCCAUAAGCAUACUGGUAUGCUUAUAGUGUAGUAUUAAAACUUGAUUUAUUUUCCGCUGUCUUGUAAAAAUCUAUGAAGAAUGGGUCGUUGCUAAUAAAGCAAACUGCAAAAAGCAUUGUCCAACACAUUAUGGGACAUUAAUUUUGCAUGAUAACCUCUCGAGUGAACAACUGAGGCCAACUAAAUGCCAGGCUUAGUCUCAGUUGGCUCUUGACUGGCCAAAAAGAAAAUAAACUAAAAACUGCAUAUCUUUGUUACCUCACUUGCCUACAUUAUCAUCACGUUCAAGUACGAACUACGAAUGGCUACAAAAUUUCAAAUGGCCCAAACGUUUCUAAUAAUUCGAUUAAAUGUUGGGAAACCAUUUUGAUUGGUCACUGCGUUGUCCAAAUUUUGGCCUGACUAUUCAUUGUUUUGUGAUGAUGUCUCUGUUGUUUCUGCGCAUGCCCUAUUCAUGGGGACAAGCAUCUAAUGAUGACCUAUCUGUUCUGAGUACCUUCGUGGUAGGUACAAUUCAUCGACGAAGCGUAGAAAGAGUAACACGAAAAAAUAGAUCCGAUGAUUUACGUUUAUUCGAAUGAAUUAUACCAAUUAUCGGACUGAAAACAUCAUCAAGACCAUCCAGUGCCAUGAGGAAAUAAGUUCUUUUUCGUCUUCAAUCCCUAUAAGAAGCCAGCCUGGGAGGUACAUUAAAAACUGGAACUAUGUGUAACAAAAAACGUCUCACAGGAAGUUCAAAUGAUUGUAAUCAUUAAUUAUAGAGCUAUAUUCAAGGCAUAGUCGAUUACCAAUACGUUUAACCAAUGGCCCUUACAGGUUAUCAGACAAACACAGUGAACUGGCUUUCCAGACUUUACUUUCAAAUGUCUCUCACCAAAACUAAAAAGUAACCUGAUACAGUCCUCAAUCUUUUGCGUUGCGUUCCGCGCGUUUAUAAUCUUGAUUAUAUAAAUAGCAACAACUCCAAGAGGUUAAAAGUAAUUUGUCAUGAUUAAUUACAGUACCAUUAAACUCUUUUUAACAAGGACUAGUAAUUUUUCUUCGAGGGAUCGGGUGAUUAAAAUCAUUUGCCGCAAUCAAAACUGUGGCACCAAAGGCGGCCUAAAUAGAUGUCAAACCAUUUUGUGGUAUUUGCUUACGUGUCACUUCACACGUACAUCCCAAAGGCACACGAGACCGAACUUAAGGUCCUUUCCAGUUCGCUUAGACCCCACUCCCCACGGGACGGCGUUGUUGUGGCGUCUCUUAUGAACGGCCACGGUCAAGCAUCGAACAUUACAUGUGAUGCGCCUAACGCUGGUAAGCAAGCUCUAUUGUUCAGGCUCAUUAGCAUUGGGUUCAUCACAUGUGAAGACUUGGACAUUUGACCUGGGCCUAAGCAUCCAUAGAAAAUUUAUUAUGAACGACCACUUCAGGUACUUUUUGGCAGGAAUAUUGGAUGGACACACGCAAAGAUUAAGCCAGCCACGAGGGUCAGUGAUUUAUGCCAAUUUUAGGGCACUAUUAUAGAUCACUAUUUUUAGUGUAGGUAUUUAAAGUAUAAGGAGUUACAAGGACCAUAAGAAACCGGACCACAACAUUUGCCAUACUUAAGACUAUUCACUAAGAAAUGUAACUACAUAUCUAUUUUUAGACCAUUUUCAGCACUGUUGAAGCUUAUUUGUGAUUUUAGUACAACAUAAGCUCUCUCUUUCAUAUAUGAUAACCGACUUAUCCUCUAAAGAAAACAAGACUGUUUUUUUUCCAGUAUUUGGUUCAGUGAAGGUAAUAAUUACAAUAAUGUAUGCUGUAGAGCGUUAAAUUAGAUUGCAUUUUUUACUAUCAGCCAAAGAACAGUUGAAAGUAUGUUCCUUCAUCGACCACCCUCCGAACACCUAAACCAUGCAAACUAAUGUAUACCCCUAUACUCACCGUAACUUUAGAAAUCUUUAUGAAUUACUAUAGAAGCAAACUGCCAUUACGGUAACUAUGAAUUCAGAUACGCAUGAAAAAGAAAGGACGACAAAAAAAACAAUACUCGUUGCCCAGGGUUCCGGCUAAAAAACCGGCAACUUGGAGGUCUGAGCUUUCUACUUAUGGGGGAAAAUGGGUAAAGUUUCAAAUUGCACUUCAGGCACUCAAUUAACUGCCAAGCCGACUACCUUAACAUCCUAGCUGUCUACUUUAAAACCUAAUAAGAGCCCUGAUAAUUGCUUUGAUUGUAUGAGAGGUUUGUUGUCGGGUAUGUAGGUUCAGCUUUCCAGUAACCAUCUUUAACUGAGUUGCUAGUUACGGGCGUGAACCAGGAACGCCCGCGCGUGAAGCUUCACUUUAAUUUUAUCUCAGUUACUAAGUGAGCCCUCUCGAUGAGUUUUGUUACUCUUAGGACAGACUUCUCCUGCAUAAUAUGUUAAAAAAAGAAAUAAUUGGAAAGAAGUACUCCUGCCGGGAGUCGGCCCUGCAGCUCAUGCGGUCAUGUGCAGUGGGUAGAUGCCCACUUUAUGACGAAUGUUACUCCCCUUUUGUCCGUAUUUUUUUAAAUGUUCAUGCUAUACGAGUUGCCCCGACUUGACUAUUUGACUCUAAUAAUACGAGAACGAGUAGCCUAAUUGUCUUAAUAUAGAUGCCAACUGCCAUACUAUCUUCGAUUCUAUACCAAAUUUUGAUGCAAAUAUUCACGGAAGGAUCGUUUGUUUUCACGAAUUAAAACAGCUAAUUUUGCACUGUCUUAUUAUUCAUCAGUUAAAAUAUUCAUUCCAUAUUUUGUGGCCGCUCUUUAUUUAAAAAGUAUAUUAAUCAUUUAAUUUAUACACGUCUUAAUCAGAAGCUUCUCAAAAAUCAUCUGUUAAAGAAGUUGCGACUCUGUUUUAAUACUUUUGCAAAACUCGGUCACUACCGUUAAUUAGUCACUAGGGAGCUUAAGCAACAACGGCGGCGACGGCAACGAGAUCGGCAAAAAAGCAACAGGUUUAGAUUGGCAAAACAAUAGGGAGCUUAAGCAAAGGCGUUUUUGAGCGACGCACGUCAACCGGAAGUGAGGUCUUUUUCAUUUUAAAGCACCUUGACGCUCCCAAAUUUGUAUUUCUAAGUGUCUUAACUAUUAUAGAGACGAGUUGUCCUAAAAGAUGGGCAAAACCACUGUACAAAAAUGAAAAAAGACCACUUCCGGUUGACGUGCGUCGCUCAAAAACGUCUCUGCUUAAGUUCACUAAUAACUUUGCACGCGCAACACGCUUUUUUGUACAUUUCAUUGCCGUCGAAGCACGACUACAACUGACGUGAAAGUGCCUUAUUUCACGUUUUGUCGAGGACGUGAACACAGGACAACGUCUUUCUUUUUCUAUUCCCGAACUUUGAUACAGUCUUUUAGAAUUCAACUCUAGAAAAAUUUGCCACAAUUUGACGAAUUGAAGGAGAUGGAAUAUGCCCGAUAAAGACUGAAGUAGCGCGAAUUCGCUUUUGAGUGACGUUUUCGUAAGCGUCGCCGUCGUUGUUGCUUAAGUUCCCUAGAUCGACCACGCUAUAGAGGUGAGUACGGUAGCCAACCUGCAUGCAGGAACUCGUGAUGCUUAUAAUGUCAGGUCAACCACUGGGUUUAUUAUAUAAUUAAUGCUUAUAUUUAGAAGGAAAACUGUAUUACGUUCUAUGCAUGUGAUAACAACAUUUCACUGCUAACUCUAGAAACAGGCGCUUAAAAAUAAGAUUAAAAACGAAACUUCGGACCUUGUAGCUAUAUUAUUUCAGAGUUUUUCCGGGUUUUAUCAUCAACGUGCCGUUUAAAAAAAGAAGAUUCUAUAGGAAAGGAAGAAGAAGAUAUCUUUAAGAUAGGAUCGCAGAAAUGAAAUCUUAAUAUCAGAGGUUUGAGAAUCAUUGUUUGCCUUAUAUUUUCUUUGUUUUCUUUUGACACUUGUAUAUUAAACAUCUAGUUUGUUUUGCUCCAUCGCGAAUAGCGGCGCGAAAUGGCCAUACACGCAUGACGAACAAUGGUUAAUUUUUGGUCCAUUAGCUUUCAAGCUCGAGCCACCCCACCACUCUGCGUUGUCAUAUUCGUUAUUCUGACAAACGACUUCAGUUUAGUCAUAGUUAACACACAAAUGCGCCCAUAUUGUUCCCAAGUUGAUCCAGAGCUGGGCUUGUGCAAUAUAUUGAUUCGGUUAUUAGAAUUUACAGCCUCCACGUUGCCUUUUAAAGGGUUAGAAUCCUUUACUCUGCAAGUUCAAGAAGAGUCUUUAACUUGCAUGUAACUAAUUUAAAUUGGACAAACUUUUGUUCGUGCUCACAUAGUGAUAUUUUUUAUGCACGUUUACGUAAAUUGUGGCGACAGCGUGUCCAUGUAUUGAUCGAUAUUUCAUGACAAAAUCUCUUUAGAUUGAGUGUUUUUCACAACCCUUGCGAUUCAGUUGUCACUGUAAUGUAAGUAACCACGCGAUCAUGCAACCAUAGAACACGUUCCUUUAACUCUUUAAGUGUACUUAUUGCUCCAGCGAAUAGCCUGCAAUUGGUGGAUGAAACGUAAGAUGUCUAUUGUUUUGUUAACAGAUAAUGUCAAAGUUUAAUCGUGUGGCAGUAAUGUGGCUUCUCGUCCUUAUUCUUCAACUGUUGAAGGCGCCAAUUGCAUCCUCGUCCAGUUGUCGAUAUAAAGGACAUAAGGAGGUGAUCUCAGUUCAAGGUGGCUACAACUGUAAACAGACGAGAGUCAAGCUGGGAAUGUGCGUAGGAACUUGUAAGUCAUAUGCAAUCCCUGUUCCCGCCGAAGACGAUGGCAAUGAUCCAAGAUUUCAAACAGUAUGCGAAUGCUGUGCACCCAAAGAAGUCAGGCAAAAACCUGUUCGUUUUGGCGACGGAUGCGAGCAGUCGAUUGUUGUUUCUCAAAUCCGUUCCUGUGAGUGCAAAAACUGCUCCGGCUUGACGUGA